AUGGCCGAAGUUAUGAGCGUCAGGGAGCAGGAGCGCUGCACCUGGGAAUAUUUCGCUGUCGACCUCGCAGCUGCGGCAUUCGCAUCUGCCCUGGUCACUCCUUGGGUGACUGCAAUCGACAAGAUCGUCUUCAACAAGGCCACCACCGGUGCUUCUGUCAUGUCCUCAGUCCGCAAGUGGACUUCCAAGCCCAAGGCAACCUUUGCCUCGCUGUUCAUUCCCUUCCUCGUCUACUUCGGAACCUACGCUACCGCCAACCUCUUCGACUCGUUCAAUGCUAUCCAGCACGACCUCGAUCCCUCCAUCGUCUGCUCCACGCCCGCCAAGUUUGCCGCCACCACGACCGUCAGCUCUAGUUUGUGCAUCUUCAAGGAUGCAUACUUUUCUAGAAUGGCCAGUGGUUCUCCUGUGCCUCUGCUGAGUUAUGCUCUCUUCUCUCUCCGGGAUGCCGUGACCAUAUACGCCUCGUUCAACCUACCGAACAUGCUCGCUCCCAAGCUCGCCGAGUUUCCUUUCUCCUCCAUUACGCCGUUUGCCGAGAUCUUCAAGUCGGAUGAGUCUAGGUUGAAGAUGGCACAGCUAUUCAUGCCGGCGGCAUCUCAGAUCGUCAGUACCCCGAUUCAUCUUUUGGGCUUGGACCUCUGUGCUCGUCGAUCCUGGAUGCCGAUUCGAGAACGUCUGAGCAUCAUCAGACAGUACACUAGCUUUGCCACUCCUCUUCGAAUGAUGCGUGUCUUGCCAUCGUUUGGGAUUGGCAGCGUGGCCAACACGGGGUUCAGGAAGUCUAUGAUGACUCGGGUGAUGUGA